AUGGGUAUGGUUAUAAUAACAGGAAGAGGUAAAGCUGACAUUGCCCUUAUCGGCUUAGCUGUUAUGGGUCAAAACCUUAUAUUAAACAUGGAUUCCAAAGGAUUUGUUGUGUGUGCUUACAAUAGGACUGUAGAGAAAGUUGAACAAUUUCUGGCAAAUGAGGCUGCGGGAACAAAAAUAAUUGGUGCUAAGUCCUUAGAAGAUAUGGUUGCAAAACUUAAAAGACCAAGAAAAGUGAUGUUGUUAGUUAAAGCUGGCUUUGCUGUUGAUGAAUUUGUGAAGAAAUUGGUGCCAUUACUUGAAAAAGGAGAUAUCAUCAUUGAUGGAGGAAAUUCACAAUAUACUGAUACUCAGCGAUGGUGCAAGGAAUUGGAAUCUACAGGAAUCUAUUAUAUUGGCAUGGGUGUAAGUGGUGGAGAAGAUGGUGCUCGUUAUGGACCAUCUUUGAUGCCUGGAGGUCACCCAGAGGCCUGGCCACAUGUUAAACCAAUCUUCCAAGCAAUCUGUGCCAAAGUAAACAAUGAGCCAUGCUGUGACUGGGUUGGCAAAAAUGGUGCCGGACAUUUUGUAAAAAUGGUUCAUAAUGGUAUUGAAUAUGGUGACAUGCAGCUUAUUUGCGAGGCAUACAAUGUCAUGAAAGAUAUUUUAGGUAUUGACCAGAAGGAGAUGGCUGAAGUGUUUGAAGAAUGGAACAAAGGAGAACUUGACUCAUUCUUAAUAGAAAUCACAAGUGACAUUCUGAAAUUCAAAGAUAAUGAUGGUGCAUACUUGUUGCCGAAGAUUCGUGACACUGCUGGUCAAAAGGGAACAGGAAAAUGGACUGGUAUUAGCGCUUUAGAGUAUGGUGUUCCCGUCACACUAAUUGGGGAAGCGGUGUUUGCUAGAUGCCUAUCUGCAUUGAAAGAUGAACGAGUAAAAGCCAGCAAAGUACUGCCUGGUCCAUCGGGAAAAUUCACUGGCGAUAAGAAGGUAUUCCUCGAACAACUACGUAAGGCACUAUUCGCAAGCAAAAUUAUUUCCUACGCCCAAGGCUUCAUGCUGCUUCGGGAAGCUGAAAAGGCUAAUUCAUGGAGUCUCAAUUACGGAAGCAUUGCAUUGAUGUGGCGUGGAGGCUGCAUCAUUAGGAGUGUGUUCCUUGGGAAUAUCAAGGAUGCGUUCACAAAGAACCCACAGCUCACGAAUCUGCUCCUUGAUCCAUUCUUUAGCGAGCGUAUCAGCAAUAGCCAGCAAUCAUUGCGUGAAGUUGUAGCGCAAGCAUCGCUUAUGGGCGUUCCAACGCCAGCCUUCUCUGCGGCACUCGCUUUCUAUGACGGAUACCGCUCGGACGUCCUACCAGCUAAUUUGUUACAGGCGCAAAGGGAUUACUUUGGAGCUCACACCUAUGAACUUCUGAAGAAGCCGGGAGAAUUCGUUCACACCAAUUGGACCGGGCAUGGUGGAAACGUAUCUGCCUCCACAUAUAAUAAUUAA